UCCAAUAUGGCGGACACUCAAGGCUCUUCACAGGCUGGAAGAGAUAAUAAAGGAGAAAUUCAGCCACAGAAGUCGUCAGGUACCACAGAAGGAAGAGAAGCUGGUCCCGAUAGUGGGCAAUUAAAAAGUCAGCCACAGGGAAAGGGGAGCAAACAACAAAAAAGUGGUAAGAAACAACAAAAACAACCAAAACAAAAGCAGCAGCAGCAACAACAACAACAACAACAGCAGCCUCAACAACAACAAAAACCAGGGGCACAGCCCAGUGCAGGGAAGGUUGAUAAACAAGUAACUGGCAAGGAUGAGAAGCCAGCCACUCCAGGAGGCGAGGCAAGUGAACAGCCACAGAAGACCAAAGCUGAAUUAAAAGCUGAGAGGAGAGCUGUUCAGGAAGCACAACGAGCAGCAAAGGCUCAAAAACAAGCAGAAGCUGGAAUAAAACACAAGACUAGCACUGAUGGUACUAAUCGGGUGAAAGUGGCGCAUGAUCUUCAAGCUGAUGAUGAGAAGGUUCAAAAGAAAGUGGCCAAGAAAUUGGCGAGACAGCAGGUUCCCCAGCGUACAACACCUCAGAAGAAAGUUGGUUUAUUUUCCCAUCUGCAUCAAUAUGAAAAGGACUUGUCUUUGACACAAGAAAUAAGUUUUGGUGGCUCAGGGAGCACCCCUAUCCACCCAGCUGUAAUUAAACUUGGUGUGCAGUAUGCCAAAGGAAUAAUAUGUGGAUCAAAUGCAAGAUGUGUGGCUUUACUUCUGGCUCUCAAAAAGUUAAUUGCUGACUACAUCACUCCCCCUCAAAAAGAGCUCUGUAGGGACCUGGAUGCAAAAAUUAAACCAAAUAUAAGUUUCUUGACACAGUGCCGACCUCUGUCAGUCAGCAUGGGCAACGCUAUCAAAUAUCUGAAGCUACAGAUCACUCACACUCCACCAGACAUGGCAGAAGAUCAGGCAAAGAAGAAUCUUAUUGAGAGUAUUGAUAAAUUUAUUCAAGAAAGGAUUGUUUUAGCUGGUGUAGCCAUCUCUGAGUCAUAUGCAAGAACCAAGAUCAAUGACGGUGAUGUGAUACUCACAUAUGCCUGUUCCUCGUUGGUGUUAAAGAUUUUAAAGGAUGCACAUGGUGCUGGAAAAAAAUUCCGAGUGGUGGUUGUUGAUUCGAGACCAAAAUUUGAAGGACGAGAAUGUCUAAGGAGGUUGGUGAAAGAAGGAAUCAGAUGCUCAUACGUGUUGAUCAGUGCUAUAUCCUACGUUAUCAAAGAGGUGUCAAAAGUAUUUCUUGGUGCCCAUGCCCUACUCGCCAACGGCUACGUCAAGUCGCGUGUUGGGUCUUCCAUGGUGGCGAUGAUGGCCCAGGCCUCUAACGUCCCUGUGCUGGUUUGCUGCGAGACGUACAAAUUCUGUGAUAAAGUUCAAACAGAUUCCUUUGUAUCCAACGAGCUUAGUGACCCGGAUGAUUUAGUCCCUUUAGACAGAGAAAGCCCGGAUGUACUAUCUGAUUGGCGAGAUGUCAACUCCCUUCACCUUUUAAACUUAGUCUACGACGUCACUCCACCUCACUUUGUUUCCAUGGUGAUCACUGAAGUAGGAAUGAUUCCUUGCACGUCUGUGCCAGUCGUUCUUAGAGUCCAGAAUCCAGAGCAAUAGUAGGACACUUUGUGUUAUUUAAAUGAGGAAAAUUACAUACUUGAAUUCGAGCGCGAGAGUUGUCGAGGACUCGGGUUUUCUCGGGAAAGUUACCAACUAAUGGAACACAGCUAGAGGGUUAUGCUGUCUUAUGAUUGGUUGACUGUACUCGGGAAUCUUCGGCUCUACUUCGGAGACUCAAGUCUGUGGUACAUAUUGUCAGCAUCAACUGUUCUUUUGAACGUAAGCAUGGUAAAAUCUAAUAGGAUUAGACCCUUACCAUGCUAGACUAGACGAAUAUUGGAUCCCGUAAUUAACCAUAAAAAAAAUCAAAAGCACAAGUCAGGACUGUUUAGAUUUAAUCCCUUCAAGAUACAAAAAUUCUAGCAUCUGUCGAUUUAAAUGUGCAUGGAAAAUACUUGCAGCCCGAACAAAUAUACAAGCAAAUAAACAGCA